AUGCCGGCUGAGAACCUCACACGGCACCGGCAGGCAGCCAGGGCCCUCCGCUACCCCACGGCCGUGGGCCUCAACAAAGGCCACAAAGUGACAAAGAACGUGAGCAAGCCAAGGCACAGCGGCCGCCGCGGGCGCCUCACCCAGCACACCAAGUUCGUGCGGGACCUGAUCCGAGAGGUGUGUGGCUUUGCCCGCUAUGAACAGCGCGCCAUGGAGCUGCUCGAAGUCUGUAAGGACAAGAGAGCCCUGAAAUUCAUCAAGAAAAGGGUGGGGACACACAUCCGUGCCAAGAGGAAGAGAGAGGAGCUGAGCAAUGUCCUUGCAGCCAUGAGGAAGGCAGCAGCCAAGGAGGACUGA